AUGAAUCGAUUGAAUAUUAAUCUAUUGGAUUUACCUGACGAAAUAUUACUUCUUAUUUUGAAAAAGCUGAACAAUAUUGAUGUUCUUUAUUCAUUAAUCGAUGUUAAUAAUGACCAUUUGAACAGUUUAGCACAAGAAAAAACCUACAGUCAUACUCUCAAUUUCGCCUCAAUCGAUAAUGAUUCUGUAAUUGAUCAAGAGAAACUUGAUCGAUUUUGCAAGAUUAUAUUACCAAAAAUUCAUGAAAAUGUAAAAUAUUUUAUUCUUGAACCACUUUCAAUGGAAUGUAUUCUUCUUACUGCUGAUUAUCCAAAUCUAACUGAACUUAAGCUUUUUAAUUUCACAGAAGAAAUUUGCUUAAAAUACUUUACAAAUGAAUCAUCUCUUCGAUAUAUUUUUCAAGAAAAACUUACACAUCUUACUCUCGUAAAUAGUGACGAACGACCUAAGAUAGAAUCAUUGAGAACCUAUAAUGAAAAUGUAUAUGAACAUAUUUUGAAGUUCUUUAGAAAUUUAAAACAUUUGAGUUUUAUUGACGCACAUCAUCGAUCUCAUCCAUCUUUAUUACUGUGUGAUUCACCAUCAAUUAGUUUUUUCUCUGCAAAUCUUACUUAUUUAUCUAUAAAUGUGUACACAUUUGAUGACUUUCUUUAUUUACUUGAUGGUCGAUUCAAACAAUUAACUAUACUUAUUGUUCGAAUAUCUCGAAAAACAAAACUACCAUCAGUCAUUUCCAUUACGGAUAAUUUAUCUAAUUUGAAAUGUUUUUCAUUGAUAUGUUAUCGUCGACUUGAUAUAUAUGAUGAACACAUUUUACCACUUCUUCAUCAUAUGACAUGUCUCGAAAAAUUAACUAUAUAUCUUUGUAUAUCAAAGCGUGAUAAAUUUAUUGAUAAUUCUCAUCUUGAAAAUGAAAUUCUUCGUUAUAUGCCACAUCUUCAUUCAUUUAUUUUUUUGUAUUAG